CUUUGUUUUAUUCUGAUGUCCGGAAAGAGCAAGAAAGAUUACAUCAGUGUGUUACAUGGCGUAAAGCAACUACUUCCAGAGGCCAUCGCUCUUAGCGAGUGCAUGGUAGAUUUCGAAGAAGCGAUGUGGAAAGCAAUUCGAGAUGUUUAUCCUGCUGUGAACAUUAAAGGGUGUGCGUUCCAUUGGAAGCAGGCAGUCUGGCGACACAACCAGUCUACUGGCUUGCAAAUAGCCUACAUGGAGGAUGAAGCAACAUUCAAGCUGCUUCGUAAAGUGAUGUCCCUCCCGUGUUUGCCAGUGGAAGUUAUUCCAGACAUGUUUACUAGACUUAGAAGACAGGCAACCACUGGAAGACUUGAGGAGGUAUUUCAGUAUAUCCAGAUGCAGUGGAUUGAAUCUGCAGUCAUGCCACCCUCCACAUGAUCCUGCUACAUGCAAAGUACAAGGACCAACAAUGAUGCGGAGGGCUGGCAUGCACGCCUCAACAGACGUGGUCAUCAGAAUCUAAAUUUUUAUUUACUGAUACAGUUACUACACCGUGAGGCAUCUCUACUAUUGACACAGGCUCGCUUGGUACAUGUAUCUGAAAGCAAAUUAAGAAAGAGACAGAAGAAAAUAUACAGAGUAAUGCAAGAACGUAUGUUCUUAUGGGAGGAGUUUCGUAUUGGAGACCGGUCAGCUGGAAAACUGUUAGCAGGAGUAGCAGCGAUAUAUGGGAACCCAGUGAUGCAUCGAUGAAGGCAAAAAUAAUAAAAUACAAUGAGAAAAAUACUCAAUACAGACAAAAUUUCGACCAUGCUUUUAAACUGAAAUAGAAACAC